AUGCUUGGUCUGUGCCUUUACGUACCUGUGUCCAACUCGGACCCCAUCGAAGUGGAAUACUUUGAAUCCAAUGGACUGCCGUCGGAGCUGAAAUCGCUCUUUAACAAACUGAGCGUGUUUCUGCCGUCCGAAGAGUUUUCAACUUACCAAAAAUGGCGACAGAAAACCGUGAAAAGGGAUGAAAUUGGUGCAGACGGACAGCUGGACUUUGAGGAGUUUGUUCAUUACCUUCAAGAUUAUGAAAAAGACCUGAAGCUGGUGGUCAAGACCCUUGACAAAAAGAAUGCAGGGCACAUUGAUCCUAAAGAGUUUAUACAGUCUCUUUAUGACCUUGGUGUGCACAUAUCCCCACAGCAUGCAGAGAAGGCCCUUAAGAGCAUGGACAAGAAUGGAAUGAUCACAAUAAGUAACAAAGAUUGGAGUAACUGUCCCAUGGUGGAAAAGUCAGAGAACAUUCCCGAAAUCAUCCUCUACUGGAAACACUCCACAAUAUUUGAUGUGGGUGAAAACCUGAUGGUACCAGAUGAGUUCACCGUCGAAGAGAGGCAGACUGGGAUGUGGUGGAGGCACCUGGUCGCAGGUGGAGGAGCCGGGGCCGUUUCCAGGACAUUCACUGCCCCACUGGACCGACUGAAAGUCAUGAUGCAGGUUUACGGCUCCCGCACCAACAACAUGUGCAUCAUGAGCGGGAUGAUGCAGAUGAUCAAAGAGGGCGGCACACGGUCCCUGUGGCGAGGCAACGGCGUGAACAUCAUCAAGAUCGCCCCCGAGUCCGCGCUCAAGUUCAUGGCUUAUGAGCAGAUUAAGCGUCUAAUCGGCAGCGAUAAUCAGAGCCUGAGCAUCUUGGAGCGAUUUAUCGCAGGUUCUUUGGCCGGGGUCAUCGCCCAGAGCACCAUCUACCCCAUGGAGGUUCUGAAAACGCGCCUCGCGCUGAGAACAACGGGUCAGUACGCCGGCAUCUCGGACUGUGCAAAGCAGAUUUUCAGGAGAGAAGGACUUGGGGCGUUUUACAAAGGCUACAUCCCAAAUAUGUUGGGCAUCAUCCCCUACGCUGGCAUCGACCUGGCAGUGUACGAGACACUGAAGAACUCCUACCUGCAGCAGUACGGCGCCAACAGCACAGACCCCGGCAUAGUCGUCCUACUGGCCUGCGGCACCGUGUCCAGCACCUGCGGCCAGCUCGCCAGCUACCCUCUGGCUCUGGUCCGAACCCGCAUGCAAGCACAAGCUGCGUCCGAGGCCAGCCAGCAGGUGUCGAUGACCGGGCUGUUCCGGCAGAUCCUGCAGAGCGAGGGCCCGGCGGGGCUCUACCGGGGCCUGGCCCCCAACUUCCUGAAAGUCAUCCCCGCCGUCAGCAUCAGCUACGUGGUGUACGAGCACCUGAAGACCCAGCUGGGUGUCACGUCGCGCUGA